AAUUUGUAGUCCAACCGCCAGGGAGCGUUGUAAAACUUAUUCCUCCCUUCACUUGCACGUUGGUUGUCUCACGCACUUGAACCUCGUCGUCGUAGCCAUAGGUCGUAACAGUCUAUGGUCGUAGCUAGCUGGAAGGAGAGACUCGAUUGAAAAAAAUGCAAUACUCGUAACCACCUGCAACAUGAAGAAAGUGUUUACCGCAGAACAAAUUUCGGAUUGGUUCACCUCGGGGACGACGUUUGCUAACAUUAAACUCGCAGAAGAGGUGGUUGAAAGAAAUGUCGAUGAACCAUCGUCGAAAGAGACCAGGGGGGAAAAUCCGAGCCCAUCAAAGGUUCCUGAUGAGGGCAGCCAGAAAAAUGUGAACUCUGAUGGAGGGUGGUUUCAAAAACCAUCAGGGAGUACUGCUCCUCCUCCUCCACUUUCCAGCUAUGAGUACCCCAGCUUGCCCAUAACCAAAAACAGACGGGAGCUGAUUUCCCUCAUAGAAAACAACUCUGUAGUGAUCAUUCGAGGAGCCACAGGCAGUGGCAAGACGACGCAGGUGCCACAGUACAUUCUGGAUCACUACAAUGAGAAAAAUGCAUCAUGCAACAUUGUGGUCACCCAACCACGCAAAAUUGGGGCCAGCAGUAUUGCCCGAUGGGUUGCCACCCAGCGGAAGUGUACCCUGGGUAGUUUGGUGGGAUAUCAGGUUGGACUGGAGAAGAUGGCUACUGAGCACACCCGGCUCAUCUACAUGACUACAGGAGUGCUGCUGCAAAAACUUGUUUCCGCCAAGUGCCUCACAGAGUACUCCCACAUUUUCAUAGAUGAGGUUCAUGAGCGCACUGAGGAGAUGGACUUUCUCCUGCUGGUUUUAAGAAAACUUCUCCAUUCCAACUCCUGUUAUGUCAAGAUCAUCCUUAUGUCAGCCACCAUUAACUGCAGACAGUUUGCUGAGUACUUCAGUACGCCAGUUCGUGGCAAAAUGAACCCGGCCUACGUCUUUGAAGUGGAGGGUGCACCCUAUGCCAUCGAGGAGUUUUAUCUGGAUGACCUUCAAAAACUGUUUCCAUACAGGUGUCAGUGUCAGGUUGAGUCUCCUCCUUCAGGUGACCCUCACAUUUCAGUGGAGAUAUACAAUCUUGCCAUCGGUCUCAUCCAGAGCUUUGAUGAAAUGGAGGGCAAAGAUUCCAGCAAAGCAGAGAGAAAAGGUGGCAUGACUGCAUCAGAGCGGGGCAGUGUGCUGGUUUUCCUUCCUGGUAUACACGAGAUAAGCUACAUGCAGGAGGCCUUGGCCAAGCUGGUCCACAAAAGAUUGCAGGUUUACCCUCUCCACUCCACUGUGACUCUGGAGGAGCAGAACUGUGUGUUUCUGUUCCCUGUGCCAGGAUACAGAAAGGUUAUCCUUUCCACCAACAUUGCUGAGAGUUCAGUGACUGUUCCAGAUGUCAAAUAUGUGAUUGAUUUUUGCCUGGCCCGUCACAUGGUCUGUGAUAAAGACACCAAUUAUCAGUCUCUGCGUCUCACCUGGGCAUCCAAAACCAACUGCAACCAGCGUCGAGGUAGGGCAGGUCGAGUCUCUAAGGGCUACUGUUACCGCCUUGUUACCAAAGACUUCUGGAGGAAUGAAAUCCCAGACUACAUGAUCCCUGAGAUGCUGCUUGCCCCGUUGGCCAACAUCAUGCUGAAGGUGAAGCUGCUGGACAUGGGAGAUCCCCACUCCAUCCUUUCCACUGCCCUCUCACCCCCUGACCUUGGUGACAUAGUAAGGACAGUGCUCCAACUCAAAGAGAUGGGCGCACUAUCUGCGAAAAGUGACGGCAGGGGUCACAAUGAGGAUGGUGAAAUAACUUUCCUGGGCCGAGUUCUGGCCCACUUGCCCGUGGACCUGUGCUUGGGGAAGAUGAUUGUCCUGGGUCACGUCUUUGGCUGCCUGGAGGAGUGCCUUAUUAUAGCUGCCUCGCACUCUCUGAAGAGUUUCUUUGCCAUACCAUCCAUGCAGCAGCUUGCUGGCCACAGGAGCAAGUUGGCUUUUGCCCGUGGCACACCAAGUGAUUCCAUGGCUUUCGUCAAUGCCUUCAAGGCCUGGCACUCAUCCAAAAAGAAUGGACUGCUGAGACACCCAAAGGAUGAGUUGGACUGGGGAAAAGAGAACUUCAUUCAGAUCAAGAGGAUCAGGGAGGUAGCAGAACUGUAUGAGGACCUGAAGAAGCGGGUGUCCCAGUUCAACAUGCAUGUGCCGGAGAGUGCUCAGCCCUCGGAUUACACCAGCGCACACAGGCAGAAGUUCAUCCUUCAGGUGGUUAUUGCUGGUGCCCACUACCCCAACUACUUUGUCCAAGGAGAAAUGGAUGAAGACCUAGCCUCCAGGGACUUGAGUGGCUUCAACCCCAGAACAACAGUGAUGGUGAGGAACCUCCCUCCAUACCCUUUCCUGUAUUACAAGCAGCUGCAGUCUCUGUUCCGCCUGUGUGGACAGGUCAAAGCCAUUUCCUUUGAGAGCUCCAGAGCAUAUGUGGAGUUCUACAGGACAUCCCAAGACUCAGGGGUGCUGCCUGAGGUGUCUCUUGCCCUCCUCCUGGCACAGCAGAGUAAUCCUAUGGAGCUGUCUGUCUUCCCCAUAGAACAAAUAGAAAUCUGUGCUGGGAGUAGAAACAUAACUCACAUGAAAUAUGCAAGGGUGAAUGUAGACUUCCAGAGCCAGUCUGUCUGCCCGGUGGGAGUGGUGAGCGGGAACAUUGACCCAGACAAGCUACCCCCCAACCCCUUGUUUGUGGUCAACAUCACAGAGGUGGUGGAGGUGGGUCAUUUCUGGGGCUUCCAAUCAGAUGAAGCCAGCUUGGAGAAGCAGCGCCAUUUGACAACAGAGAUAAACACACGCCCGCUGGAACCUGUCACUGUGUCGCUCUACCCCAACCUGCUGUGUCUUGCUCCUUACUCUGAGAUCAGUGAUCAGAGCUUGUACUAUCGUGCCAAGGUCCUGCACAUACGUGGCAAUACUGUGGAGGUGUUCUUCUUGGACUUUGGCAACUCAGCAGUUGUUGCCUGCAAGAGCUUAAGGGAGCUCCCUUCUGACCUCCUGUCUCACCCAUUUCAGGCUCAGGAGUUCCAAGUUAUUGGAAUAUGUCCCUCAGCCCAGUCCAUCAUCCUGGGGAACCAGUGGAGCAGCCGGGCCCGCGACCGGUUCAUCACACUGGUGAAGGGCUGUUCACUCAUUGUGUCGCUGUUCUCCAUCCUCCAUGGUGUCAUGCGUGUGCAGCUGCUCAUCAACACAGAGACAACAAACGCCAGUGUGGCAGACAUCUUGGUGGAAGAAGAACAUGCUGUGAAGGCCGAAGAGAGCUUCGAUUCCAAGCAAAACCAUGAGGCACUGAUGUCCCUGUACAAGGACAUAGAAAGGGGUACAUAUGUCCCCAACGCUGCCAGCAGCUCCUGGAAAGAUCGCAAGAAAGAGGACAAGCAGCUCAUUGACAGCUUACUUGCCCAAUUUUCUAAAAGCAGCCAGCCCCAUUCCAAGACAAAGGUUCAUCUGCAUGGACCAAGCAGUCCUUAUAAGAUAAGCUUUCUCAGCUUGAGCCACAAGGCCCUCUACAAGACAGUGUGUAUCGAGAGAAGCAGCAUGAACUCCUUGGCCCUGAAUGAAAACCCCCACCACAAACAUCAGAGGAUGCUGGUGGCUGGGACUGUGUCCGUCAACUCCACAGGGACACGUAUUCUACUGAGAGAUACCUCCAUCAUGCCAGAAAUCCCCGGUCUGCCUGCAAUCGUAACCAUGCUCUUUACCCCUAUCAUGGAGUUACGCACUAAUGAAGAGAGGACCUGCUACACUGGUGCCCUCUGUGGCUUGGGCUGGAACAGUCAAACACAGGAGGGUAUCCUACCUGAGCAUGACAUCGAACUCACCUUUGACGUCAAAUUUGAUGUUGAAGACAUCACUGAGAUAAAUGCUUUGCGAGUGGCUAUAAACCGUCUGGUGUGUGAAGGGCCCAAUGGCUCUAUGCAUCUGGGGCCCAACAGGAUCAACCAGCUGCAGGAGGACUGCCGGGACCGCCUGAUAAGGCUUUUCACCAAGUCACCACCAAGGGAAGUUGUCACUCAAGUGUACUACGAGAAACCCGAGAAAUGGAACCAGGUGGAUCCUGCUCUGAAGAUGGAUAUUGUCGAGCCUGGAGGAGGAAAGACCAGAGGUGUUCUCUUCCAGCUGCAUCCUGUCACUCUCCUCAACAGCUAAAAUAUCACUGUACUCCUUGCAUUUGUUUAGAAAUGGAACUGAUUCUAAUGUUGUAUUCAUAAGCAGUGGCAUGGAAUUUUUCAUUUAAUUCUGUUCAGAGGAGUACAUUUUUUUAUAAGUUCAAAUGGGACUGUAGCUUUUAGCAGCACAGCCAAAUCCUUGAUCCUUAUGUUGUUUGCACCUACCACUGGAGUAGUUAUUCCCUGUUUAAAAAAAGUGGCAGCUAAGAAGAUAUGUAAUCGCUGAUUGAUAAGAUCACCCUUUGUAGCGAGUGGGCCAUUAAAAAUAGUUUGCAACAGA